AUGGUUCAUCGAGCACCCAACACUUUAACGGUGAUUGAUAAGAAGAAACACGGCAAGAAGAGACGAGUCAUUAGUCAAGCCUUCUCGGAUAACACCCUCAAAUCGUAUGAAAGCGUGAUCCUUGAGCAAGUUCAACAUUUGUGCAACGCGUUGCGAAAGGGUGAUGACAGCCAACCUGUUCCAGUCGGGUCGUUUUCACCUGUUAAAGAUCUUGGACACCUCAGUGACUACUUCACUUUUGAUGUGAUGAGCAACGUGAUUUUCGGAGUGCCUUGGAGUACACAAAGAGAUCCAAGAUAUCGAUUUGUCCCGGAUGUGAUCGAGAAGUCUAACGUGCGCGUCGGCGCAUUGUCUCAAGCGCCCGAGCUAGCUAUCUUCAGACUCGAUAAGUACCUGUUCCCCGAGGCCAUCAGGGCUCGGGAUAAGUUUAUUCAUUUUGUGGAGGAAAUGCUCCGCCAGGGAAUUCAAUCCGCAACCAAGUCUGGGAAGGGCGCUUUCGCAACCUUGAGUAAGGCGAUAGACCCUGAGACUGGUCUGCCUCUUCGCAUGGCGGAAUUGGCAGGAGAGAGUGCAACUCUCAUCGUUGCUGGCACUGAUACGACUUCGACUGCCCUGGCUGCUUGCUUUUUCUACCUCACACAUCACCCUGAGGCACUUAUGCGGGCCACAGCCGAGGUCCGCGGUGUCUUUGACGCUCCAAAUGAGAUCAUCAUGGGUCAAAAGAUGCACCAAUGUGUCUUCUUGCGUGCUUGUAUUGAAGAGAGCAUGCGCCUCUCUCCCUCUGCAGCCAGCGCAUUGUGGCGAGAGGUGACUGAUGCAGGCGCCGACGUUGAUGGUGAAUUUGUUCCACCCGGAGUGGACGUCGGAACUUGUAUCUAUAGUAUCCACCACAAUCCCGCCUAUUACCCCCAGCCAUUCAACUUCCGUCCUGAAAGAUGGAUUCCCAAGGAAGCGGAGCUCAUUCAGAGUGAUGUUGAGCUAGCCAGAUCUGCCUUCAAUCCUUUCUCGAUUGGACCCCGAAGCUGCAUUGGCAAGGGUCUGGCGUAUGUGGAGCUUCACCUUGUUCUCUCACAUGUCUUGUGGACAUUUGAUUUGCAUCGUCCAUCCGGAGAGCUGAGUCAAAUUGGCGAAGGCAAACCAGAUGGUCCAUUUGGGCGGCAACGCGUCAAUGAGUUCCAGCUUUUCGACCAUCUUACAGCUGCUAAAACGGGCCCAUACUUGCACUUCAAGCCACGUCUAUAA